AUGUGUUACUACAGCAGCUACUAUGGAGGCCAGGGCUAUGGCUGGGGUGGCCUAGGCUGUGGCUAUGGCUGUGGCUAUGGCUGUGGCUAUGGCUGUGGCUAUGGCUGUAGCUAUGGUGGCUAUGGCUGUGGCUGCGGUGCCUAUGGUUUUGGCUGCUGCCGCCCACUGUGCUGUAGAAGGUACUGGUCCUAUGGCUUCUACUGA